AAUUACACUGGAAUGAAAGAGAACAAAGCAACCGCUGAAUCUCUGCCCGCAGCCCGGGGAGAUGCCACUCCUCUCACCCAUACCCAGGCCUCCGGUAGUCCCCGCGCGCAGGCGCAGAGGAGCACCACCCGCAGGGCAGCCCCGCCCCUCCCAGCCCGGGCUGCACACCCGUGCGGAACUUCCACUCCACACCCAGGCUCCGCGCGAGCGCCGGUGCAGUCCCGGGGAUUCCUGGGUAGCAGUUCCAAGCCCGGGCGGUGGCCCAGCAAACCCGGGAGGAGGCUCGGCCCCAGCGGCGACCCGGAGGAACCCAGGAUGGUGUGGCCGCCGCCGCUGCUGCUGUCGCUGCUGUGCCUGCUCUGGGCGCCCACGAGAGCAGGGACCGGGACGGUCGAUGUGCAGGCGCCCGCGCAGGUGCGCGGCUUCCUGGGCGACACGGUGGAGCUGCUGUGCAAACUGCCGCCCCUGGAGCACAAAGUGCAGGUGACGCAGGCCACGUGGACGCGGCGGACGGCGGCGGGGGACGACCUCAACGUGGCGGUCUUCCACCCCACACAGGGCUCCAGCUUCCCCGAGCCCGGGCGGCUGGAGUUUGUGGCCGCCAGGCCGGGCGAGGAGCUGCGGGACGCGUCGCUGGCCCUGCGAGGGUUGCGCGCCGAGGACGAGGCCAAUUACACCUGCCGGUUCGCCAUGUUCCCCGACGGCAGCAAGAGCGCGCGCACCUGGCUCCGCGUGCUGGCCCGGCCGGAAAACGCGGCUGAGACGGAGGAGGUCCCGCCCGGCCCGCUCAGCCUGGAGCCUGUGCCCGUGGCCCGCUGCGUCUCCCGUGGGGGCCGCCCGCCCGCCCGGAUCUCCUGGUCAUACCCGGACGGGAAGGCCAAUGACAGCCUGGUGCCAGGACACCUGCCUGGCACGUUCGACGUCAUCAGCCUCUUAACCUUAACACCCUCCAGCCAGGCAGAUGGCCAGAACGUCACCUGCAAAGUGGAGCAUGAGAGCUUCAAGGAGGCCGUCCUGCUGUCUGUGACUCUCGCUGUGCCUUACCCCCCUGAGGUCUCCAUUUCCGGCUAUGAUGACAACUGGUACCUCGGCCGCAGCGAGGCCACCCUGAACUGUGAUGUCCGCAGCAAACCAGAGCCCACAGGCUACGACUGGAGCACGACCAGGGGUCCCCUGCCACCCUCCGCUGAGGCCCAGGGCUCGCACCUCCUGAUCCGUACCGUGGACGAGUCAAUCAACACGACUUUCAUCUGCCACGUCACCAACGCCCUCGGGACUGGCCAGGCAGAAAUGACCGUCCUGGUCAGAGGAAAACCUCACGAGGAAGAGCCACAACCAGUCCUGUCCAUCCCCAUCAUCGUGGUGAUUGUGGUGAUCGUGGUGACCGUGUUCUUAGUGGCCCUGUUGCUGAUUUAUUUCUGCUGGUUCAGACGCUCCCGUCGGACCCCAAACAGCUCCUCUGCCAAUGGCUGUAUCUCCUACACGGCGGUGGACCUUAAUGCCAGCUCUUCCCAGGACCCGCCCGCGGAGAACACCAGGUGACUGCGUGGGGACUGCUGGAGAGAGAGACUGGGGCCACCCUGCCCAGUGGAGGAAGGCUCCCUCCAAAGAGACUGGCCACCUCCCUUGUGCCAGGCCGACCUCAAGAAUGACCCCUGUGCCUCACCGUGCCGCAGCCGGUGCACGUUCGGGUGUUCCCCACGACCUCUCUCUGGUUCAGGCAUUCGCUGGAAGGACUCGCGGAGCCCAAGAACGCGGUUACGCUCACGCUUCGGGUGAUCACAGUGAGAGCAUGAGACUCAGGUCAGCAGCGUGGAUGCAGAGCCCCUGGGGGGCACCGGGCUGGACCGACCAGGCACCAGGUCCCAGUCGUCCCGCACGGGCAGCCCCGAUUUCUCCCAGCCGUGACGCGUGACGGCACAACAGAGUCCCGCCAUCCUCCCUGGACCUUGGGCUGCCAGAGUUUUGGUUGCAGUAUUUAUUCCGGGGCUCCCUCAUGGUAGGGACGGCUGACCGCCCACGGAGCUGACCGUCCUCUCCAGCACCUCUGUAGCUCAAAGCCCCACUGUGUUACUAUUCUUAAUUAUUUAUUAUUAUUAUUAUUAUUUUUUUUUUUUAAUUUACAUCCAAGUAAGUUAACACCGAGUGUGAUAAUGAUUUCAGGGAUAGAUUUUAGUGAUUCGCCACUUGCACAUAAUGCCCGGCGCUCGUCCCAACAGGUGUCCUCCUUAAUGCCCCUCACCUCGUUAGCCCAUCCCCCACCCGCCCCUCAACCCCCUCCCCCCACCAUCAACCCUCAGUUUGUUCUCCGUAUUACAGAGUCUCUGACGGUUUGUCUCCCUCCCUGUUUUUAGGUCAUUUUUGCUUCCCUUCCCGCUAUGUUAUUUUUCAAAGUUUAUUUUGAGGGCGAGUGCAAGCGGGGGAGGGGCAGAGAGAGAAGUAGAGGGAGAGAAUCCCACGCAGGCUCAGUGCUGUCAGCGCGGAGCCCGAGGCGGGGCUUGAACUCAAGAACCGUGAGAUCAUGACCUGAGUAGAAGUGGGACGCCUAAUGGACCGUGCCACCCAGGCACCCCGUCUUAAGGCCCCACUGUAAAUCACACUGUUAGCAUAGACUGUUUGGUGCAGCCCACAGCCCCAGGCAAACUAAGAGGACUAUCGGCCAAGACACUCCAACACCUUAGAGGUUUACCUCCCAGAGUCAGGGGCAAAGGGCCAAACCUUUCCUUGGGCAAGGUUAACCCUUUCCUACAUCGUGGGGCCACACAGACUGUUCCGGCUGCCAGAGAAUUUUUGUAAGAAUUUGACCUCUGGCCUUGAACUUCUAAAUCCCUGGAUCGGUGGAAUCCCUGUGGUGACAAGAAAUACCUCCAACCCUCAAUCCAUAAGAGAACCCGAGGCUGGAACUCAGCUGCCCGGGGCCGUCCGAGGACUGGGAAGAUGGUGGACGUGAACUUGGAGGACGUGAGUUCCAGGCACCUUCUGCCAAGCGCAGGUCCCGGGAGAUCGUCUGUAGCCAGUGUGCUGGUGUUGAUGGGUCCUCUCCCCCCCACCCCCGCCCCGCCCCGAGAAUGGGAGCCAGUCACCCAGCAAGGAAGGCAAAGUGUCCAAAACAAGGAAGAAGAGGUCCCGGGGGAGCAGAAGCCACGCUUGGGCAAGACACACGGAUGGCCCUCAGACCAGGGAGGAUACAGCCUGAGGUCCCAGAGGCAGAGCUGACCAGAUACAGCUGAUACAGCUGAUGCAUUUCCUUCCUAAUGGUCUCUGAUGGGGGGGGGGGGGGGGGG